GGAUGACACCCAGCGCGCGGGGGUGCCCCCCCCCACUUUCCCUCUUGACAAGCUCUCAGCCGCUCCGUGUUUGCUCAGCACACAGUGGCCGCAGAUGCCCCCUGCGUGGCGCGGCGUGGGGCGCGGGGGGGGGGGCCGUGGCGCUGGCCUUGGCCUUCCUCCCCCCCCUCCUCCUCCUCCUCCUGCUGGUGGUCCCGGGGGGCUCCUACCGCCCCGUCGUCAUCGUCCACGGCCUCUUCGACAGCCCCAGCGACUUCCGACACCUCCGCGCCUUCAUCAACGAGAGCCACCCAGGGACGGAGGUGACGGUCCUGGACCUCUUCGACCGGGGGGCAUCGCUGCGGCCGCUGUGGGUGCAGGUCGAGGGGUUCCGCCGCGCCCUCGCCCCCAUCAUGGCCAACGCCGCCGACGGCGUCCACCUGCUGGGCUACAGCCAGGGGGGUCUCAUCUGCCGGGCGCUGCUGGCCACGAUGCCCGACCACAACGUCCACAGCUUCAUCUCGCUGGCGGCCCCCCAGAUGGGGCAGUACGGGGACACUGACUACCUGAAGUGGCUUUUCCCCCGGCACAUGAAGUCCAACCUCUACCGGCUCUGCUACACCCCCCUGGGCCAGGGGGUCUCCAUCUGCAACUACUGGAACGACCCCCACCACCGUGAGCUCUACCUAAACAGCAGCGACUUCCUCGCCCUCCUCAACGACGAGCGGCUGCACCCCAACGCCUCCGACUGGAAGCGGAACCUGCUGCGGAUCCAGAGCCUGGUGCUGAUCGGGGGUCCUGACGACGGCGUCAUCACGCCCUGGCAGUCCAGCCUUUUUGGUUUCUAUGAUGCCAAUGAGACAGUGCAGGAGAUGCGCGCCCAGGCGGUUUACCUGCAGGACACGUUUGGGCUGAAGACGCUGGAGGCACGGGGGGACCUGGGGGGCUGCGCCGUGCCGGGCGUGGGGCACACGGCCUGGCACUCCAACCGCUCGGUCUACGAGCACUGCAUCCGCCCCUGGCUCACGUAGCUGGGGGGGGCGGGGGGCUGUGGGGCUGGAUA